GCAGCGCGGCGGGCGGGGACGAGGGGCGCUGGGAAUACAGGGAGGAGGAGCGGUGGAAAGAGAGGGAAGGAGGAUCCCACCCCCCGGAAGGGCCGUGCCCGUACGGCGACUGGUUGUGCCCGCGGAGGAGGUUGCUCCAGGAAGGGCAAAUGGUUGGUGAAGGCUGUGGUUUAAGGGAGCUGAUUUUUCGGCCUGAAACGGGGACUUACGAUGUCCGUGGUACAUCGUCUGACAGCGGGAUGGCUUGUGGAUCAUCUCUCUUUCAUCAACCAGUGUGGCUAUGAGAUCUGUGACUCCUUUGCACACCCUGGUGGUGUCACUCGCAAUACUUCUGUCACAUCUACUGAAGACUGUCACAGUAUUUCUACUUUUGCUGCCACCCCCUCAUCAAGCGACGGUCCUUCUUACGGUCCUGGAAAUGCCCUAGAAACAGAAGGUAAAAGAGCAAAAAAGAGAUACGUGUUUCGGGAGGAGUUCUUUGAUAUUUCUAAGCCCCAUAUAGCUGCAGCUCCUGAGGAGCAGCUGUGUCAGGGAUGCCCUGAGGUGAGUCUGACAGAAAUAAAGACCAACAGCAACAAAGAGGAAUACCAAGAAGGAGCAAAGAGUGACAUUGGAGAUUCUCUUGCCACUGCUAGGAAGAAACGUAAAAGGAAAUGUGUAUUCAACCAAGGUGAACUGGAUGCUUUGGAAUACCAUUCAAAGGUCAGGAAGCUCAUUUGGGAAGGGACUUUACAUUUAGUCCAAGAGGGACUCAAAAGUGGUUUUCUUCACCGUAAGACUGCAAAACUCAGUUGCAGGAAAAAUAAUGUUCCUCAGCACGUUGUCUGUGGCUUGGCUGAAUUAUGUGAAAUGGCAAAGCAGUUUCCAGCUGUGAAUGAAAGUGACCAUCAAGCUGUAUGUGUGCUAGAGGAGGAAACCUCCAGUGCAGAGCAGGACCUGCUUUCAUGUGUUAUGGAAAACAACUCAAACUCUGCAAAGAUAAUUGUGUUAAUGGGGCAGAAAUACUUGGUGCCACCAAAAAGCAGUUUCCUCUUAUCUGAUAUUUCAUGUUUACAGCCCCUGCUGAACUACAAGAAAAAAUAUGAUAUUAUUGUGAUUGAUCCACCAUGGGAGAACAAGUCUGUUAAAAGGAGUAACAGGUACAGCCACUUGUCUUCAUGGCAAAUCAAGCAGAUUCCUGUACCAGCACUAGCUGCUCCAAAUUGUCUUGUAGUCACGUGGGUGACUAAUAGACAGAAGCACUUACGUUUUGUUAAGGAUGAACUUUAUCCUCACUGGUCGGUGAAAACACUUGCUGAGUGGCACUGGGUAAAAAUUACUACAGCUGGAGAAUUUGUGUUGCCUUUGGAUUCUUUGCACAAAAAGCCCUAUGAAGUUCUCAUAUUGGGGAGAAUUCAAGGAGAGGUAAAGGAAGCCUUAAGGAAAUCUGAAGGUGUUCUUCCAAUUCCAGAGCAUCAGUUAAUUGUCAGCAUACCCUGCAGUCUGCAUUCACAUAAACCUCCUCUUGCUGCAGUUCUGGCAGAGUUUAUCAAGCCAGAUGUGGAAUGCUUGGAGUUGUUUGCUCGCAACCUACAGCCUGGCUGGACCAGCUGGGGAAAUGAGGUCUUGAAGUUUCAGCAUAUUGAUUAUUUCACUCUUCUGCAGAAUGAAAACUGAGCAGGGUCUCAUCUAUACAUCUAUACCUUCUCAAAUUCCACAUCUUCCCAGGGGACUCUUGAACUUAGCUUUAUUACUGAUGGUGCACCUAAAGGUAAUAGAAAUAAAACCAAUUGCAUUUCAGAAUUCUUUAAGUGACAAGAUAUUUGUUUAAUGCUAUCUCCCCUCCGUGCAAGGUGGUCCCUUAUUUUGAUGAUCUGAACAUAUUUAGAUACUGAUGUUGUUACCAAAAAUCAGUAAAGAUAAAACUCCUUAACACCAGUGUAGCAUUAAGAAGCAGGCAUUCUUUAUUUGCCCAGACACGAGGCAGUAUCUUCUCUGAAAUAUUGUGUAUACUGAUUACAGAGAAAGCUCCUGUUUAUAUGCUGUAUAUUACAUACAUAUUCAUUGACCUUCCUGAAUAACAUAUAGAUGAUAUAAUUUCCCCAAAGUCAUUAACAUUUGUUCCCUCCCCUUUGCACACAUGUUCUUCUGUAACAGGGGUUUCUUUGGUGGUUCCUGGUGGUCAGCCACCCCAAAAUCAUAUUUGACCAUCCAGUGAACUGGUAAUAAAAGUUGGCAUAACUGGGCUGGUUACUCUGCAGUUUUCCUUCUUGGUCAGUGUUUAACAUGACCCUAGAGAAUAAGCCUUUUGUGGUUCUAUAGGCUUGUGGUUUUUGAAGAAUAAUCAUAUUAACCCAUCAGGUUAACAUGGUGGGUUAAAACAAUUUUUCAUCUGCCAGCAAUGUUAAGAGUGUAAGUUCAUCCCUGUUCUUUUUCAAACCUCAAGAAAAGAAAGGUAUUUUAAAGUAUUCUCACUGCAGCUAUCAAAUCUGAGCUGAUAGCACAUUGCUGCUGCUGUUGUACUGUAGCUCUUAUGCUAUUUUUAAAGAAUUAUUAUGUAUUGUUUUACAAGAGUCAAUGGAAGCAAACAAUUCAGAAUGAUACAUGUUUUCUUAAAGUUUUUUUUUUUUUGCAAAACAAUGGAUUUUAAACUAAAAUAGUUAUGAAGGCAGUGCAUCUUCCUACAUAUUUGUAUGUGUUUGUCUGCCUCAGAGAAAAUAAAAGGAGCAGUGCUUAUAUUUACUGGCACAUGAAUUCUUGACUGACCAUAUUCUAUGUAAAAUUAUACUUUUAAAACAAUUGAUAAUUCUGUCUUUGUGUAUAUUAAUUUUUGAACUACAUUGUAAAUGACAGUUUCAACAUAUUAAAAAUUCUGAAAUUUUAACAGAUUAUAUGUAUUUUUUAAAAGAUUCUUUCAUUAUGUUCUGGCACAUUAUAAAGCCAUGCCAGUGAGCUGUAUUUUUCAGCUAACCAAAAAAUGAUCCUUAAAAAAAUUAAAGAAUUGUACACUUUGUGUAUCCUUUGCUGUGCUUAGAUUUACUUUGAAAAAUACAAAGAAAAUGUAAUGAGGCCUCUGCCACUUACUCAUUUAUAGCAGUAGAGGCAGAGGUGCUGGACAGACUGAUUUUCCUGAUGGCAGGUUCCUGAGUUCUGACUGUUUGUAAUGGAGAGCAAAAUACAUUGCCUAACUUCUUUACCUUCAUUUCCAUUUUGGGAGCCUGGUGAGCUGUGAAGAUUUUUUUAAGUUAAACUUCAAAUGUUAGCAGAGUAUUUUUUGAUAAUUUUGUAAUAAAGAUGAAAAUAAAAACUCAUGUCUUAUUUGCA